AAAAUCGGAUAUUCUAAAUAUAUAACAAGUUCUCGAGAGCAGCAGUAAUAUACGACCCACCGACCAGGCCCAGUCUCCCAGUGUUCGUGCUGCACUCUGCUAUCCGCUAUCCGUUGCUCGCGUGUUAGACAUUUUCAUCCGUGAAGGCAGGACACAAGAUCCGCUGUGAUCAUGGACCCCGAAGCAUUUUUGGAUGUGGCCAACCAGGUCAUCAAGCUGAAAAUGUUUCCGUUCUUCGACAUCGCUCACAGUCUACUUGCCGCGCUGGCCGUGCGUGAGGACUUGGGCGCCAACGCGCAGGCGUUUUCCCGGAAGCACCCGCUGGCCUGCUGGCUCUCCACCAUGCUGGUGAUCUUCGCCGGCGGCAUGGUGGCCAACGGUCUUCUGGGCGAGCCAAUUCUGGCUCCCCUGAAGAACACAGGCCAGCUGCUCGUGGGCACAGCUGUGUGGUACGUGGUCUUCUACACGCCGUUCGACAUCGGCUACAAGGUGGCCAAGUUCCUGCCCGUCAAGAUAGUCGCCAGUGCCAUGAAGGAGAUCUACCGGGCAAAAAAGGUCUACGACGGAGUCGGACAUGCGGCCAAGUUGUAUCCGAACGCCUGGAUAAUCAUGAUCAUCAUUGGCACUCUGAAGGGCAACGGAGCGGGAUUCACCAAGCUGAUCGAGCGCCUCAUCCGGGGAGCAUGGACUCCGACAGCCAUGGAAUUCAUGCAGCCAUCCUUCUACACCAAGGCUUCCUUGCUGGCCUCGAUCAUCUUUGUGCUGGACAAGAAGACCGACUGGAUCUCAGCACCACAUGCACUGGUUUACUUCGGCAUCGUCAUAUUCCUGGUUUACUUUAAGCUGUCUUCCAUCCUGCUGGGCAUCCACGACCCCUUCUUGCCGCUCGAGAACCUUUGUUGCGCCAUCUUCUUCGGCGGAAUUUGGGACAGCCUGGCCAAGAUCCUGGGCCGCGGGCAGGCCAAGGACGGCGACAGCAAAGAUGUUAAAAAGAACAACUAAACUAUUUGUAGUCAGCCCCAAAAGUACUUAACGCUGCCAACCAAAGCUAACGCCUUAACGCACACAUAGACAUAACAUAACAUAACUACUGACGUCGAACGAUCUUCUACUGCGGUUCGAUUCGAUUCGAUUCGGAAGCGCAAGCCAAAGACAUUUUGUGAGGCGUGAAAAUUACUCUUGAGGAACAGCACUUGGUGGGUGUGCCAGCUGUUCCUCGACUCCGAUUUCACGCCGAGUGUUAGCCCUCAAAAAUUUGUAUUGUUUUACAAUUGGUAGGAUUUACGAACAGCAGAAACCACAGACUUAUUUAGAUGCCAUAUUUAAGAGUUCUUAUCUUGGCCAAUACAGCUUAUCUAUAACUAAUACGACAGCCAAAAACGAUUUUAGUCAGUAACCUAAAGAAGCAGCUGCAAAAGCGGCCUGCUUAACGAACGAAAUGUGUAAAUAUUGGAGGUGCAAAACAAGUGUGGAUUGAUGCCUCACACUGAAGUCGUUUCAUUGCUUUUUUUUUUAAUACAUUUUAAGAGUUUUUGCCGAAGACCCAUUCGAAAACUGAAUGAUAGAUCAAUAAUUGAAGAUUGUAAACACGUAUUCAAGCUGAACUUAAGGCUAUUGUAAGAGGUGUGAAUGUUUAUUGUUUGCAAUAAAAUUAAACUAUGAUUUUGA